GGAAACACCCCUGCGAGUGUUUGAAACCGGGUUACCCGGAGCCCGUGCGGGGGAGGGAGAAUCUGAGAAGGUUCACGCGAGCCUGGACGAACGUAGACGAUCGAUCGAUUACCUCCUUGGAGGAAGAGGAAAAGGCGGAAGAGGAGAAUAAGAGCGCGGAAUAACCCAGAGUGUUUUUCUCGUAGGGGAAUCGCGUCGCUUUUAAUCCGCAGUGUACUAAUUAUCGCCUUUAAGAAGCCCAAGGAAAAGGUCAAACAAUCGAACGCGAGCGAGGCCGUGUGGGCAGGGGAGGAAAAAGUGAACGAAGGAGAAUAGGGACAAGCUCGCAGGGUCGACCAUCAAUCGUCGAUCAAUCAAAGAAAACGAAAGUGGUGGUCGGAGCGGCACGUGGGGAUAAGGUCGGGAACGUUCAACGGGAGGCUUUCAAACGCGCGGUGUUCAAUGAGACAAGGAGAUGAAGACGAGGAAGUCGCUGCUGCCGAUCGUUCUGUUGUGCGUGACGAUGGUGGACCUGGCGCUCUGCCAGGAGAAAAGGUGGCCGAAAGCGGGUACAAAGUACCGAGAUAAAAGUGCCAAGGGCAAGUACGAUCCUGAUUACGCGGACAGGACCAGGGAAGAGGACUCCGAGGAGGAGUUUUACUAUGAUCGAAGCUCAGCGGCUACUGGCUACUACGAGUCUGGAUCUCUCGACGCCUUGGCCGCUUACAGGAAUAACAGAGCGAUCGAUACCUCCAGAUCUACGGAUAUCGGGUCGAAAAACAGUCAGCAGUCUAGUCAAUCGUCGAAUCUGCCUAAAUCGCAUACGAAAUCGAGUGAAGAGGUAGGACGAGAGAAAGGACGAAGGCACAAGAAUAUGACAAUUGGAGACGGUAUCUGUCAAAGCAUAGAUAUCAGAAACAGUGUUGACACUUUCGCGGUAUUAAAAGACUGCCGUGUGAUCGAGGGCUUUCUGCAAAUCGUAUUGAUCGAAAACAACACCGAGGCGGAUUUCGAGAACGUUAGCUUCCCGCAGCUGAGAGAGAUCACCGGUUAUUUUCUUUUAUAUCGCGUGGAAGGUCUGAGAUCUCUCACCAAACUCUUCCCAAAUCUCGAAGUCAUCAGAGGCGAUAUACUUCUCACGGACUACGCUUUCAUGAUUUAUGAAAUGAAGAGCAUGCAGGAGAUCGGCCUCAUCAACCUGACAAAGAUAUCCCGGGGUGGCGUGCGCAUAGAGAAGAAUCCCGCUCUCUGUUUUACAAAUACCAUGAAUUGGAGCCUUAUCGUUUCGGCCGGCGAGAACUUCAUCAAAGAUAACGCAAACGAAGCGAGUUGCCCGCAUGUGAAAGGAUGCGCUAAAUGUCCUGGCAGUUAUUGCUGGACUCUCAAAAAUUGUCAAAAGUUAGAGAGACCAAGGUGUCAUGAACAAUGUCUCGGGGAAUGUUACGGUCCAAGUGAUACUGAAUGUUACGUCUGUAAGCAUUAUCGACACGAGGGAAGAUGCAUUGAAAGCUGUCCUCUAAAUUUAUACGCAUAUCUCUCGAGACGGUGCAUCAGCAAGGACGAAUGCCAAAACAUGAAUCAUAUCAGAAGAUUUUCUAAAUUGGAAGAGAUACAAAUAUGGCGACCUUUUAAUAAUUCCUGUGUCACUCAAUGUCCUGAUGGUUUUGAGGAUUACAUUGAUGACAAAAAUGUAACGAAUUGUCGAAUUUGCAAAGGACAGUGCCGUAAAAUCGCAAAAGGUGCUAUUAUACGCCAUAUUUCGGAUGCUCAAAGUUUUCGCGGUAUAACGGUAGUGAAGGGGGCUCUGGAGUUUCAAAUUAGAAAUGGUAAUCCAAAUAUAAUGAAUGAAUUGGCGGAUGCAUUCGGUUUAAUCGAGGAGAUAACCGAAUAUUUGAAGAUAACACAUUCUUUCCCGAUCACAUCGCUGAACUUCUUCAAGAAGCUGAAAGUGAUCAAGGGUGAAAAUUUAGACAUUAACAACGCGAGUUUCGUGGUUCUGGAUAAUCCGAAUCUCUCCUCCCUCUUCCCGCUAUACCAAAAGAUAACGAUAGAAACCGGCAGGCUGUUCUUUCAUUACAAUCCCAAGCUGUGUCUCUCUAAGAUAGAGCAGUUCGGUAAAAUGGUGAAUAUCACUAACUUCACAGAUCUUGAGGUCCAACCAGAGUCAAAUGGUGACAAAGUUGCUUGCAAUAUCGUUAACAUAAACAUCACAGUGAAAAAGCGAGAGGCGGAUCACGUCAUUCUGAGUUGGGACAGCUAUAAGCCACCAGAAGGCCAACAGCUGCUUAACUAUCUGCUAAGUUACAUAGAGACCGAUAACGAAAAUAUAACGUACGAGGCGAAUGCUUGCGGUAAUAACACGUGGCAGAUAGUGGAUGUUGGUAUACCGAGUUGGAAUUCAACCGUUUCGAAAUAUAUCACGAACUUAAAACCAUAUACCAAGUAUGCCGCGUACGUGAAAACGUUCACAACAAGGAAUAAAAAUUCUUCAAGUUCCUUCGUAACUCCAGUGGGUCAGUCGAAUAUUAUUUUUUUCCGAACGAAGAGCGCGAUACCUUCGGUGCCGACGAACGUGAGCUCGAUCGCAAUAAGCGACAGUGAAAUUCUACUCAAAUGGGGUCCACCAGUGUAUUCGAACGGUCCUAUAGGCUACUAUAUGAUCUCCAGCACGAUUCGACUGGACGAUGAGGAACUAAUCGCCUCGAGGGAUUACUGUGUCGAUGCUUUAGUCAACGAAGCAAAGGAGAUACACGAAGUGACAAUUAAGACGUCGCUGAUCACGAAUCCUAAUUCUUGCUGUUUCAAGGACGAGAAGACUUCUAAGCAAUUUGAGAUAUUCUGCCACAAGAAUAUGACUAUCAGCCAUUUAUCGCCCGGCUGGAAGGAUUACUGCGUUUUUAAUGACUACAAUUUGCCGGAGAGUAAAUUUUAUGAUGUGACAAACAAUUUAUCCACUUCAACGCAGGAAGGGCAGAAAAUUGCGACAGACGGUUCGGUUAACGCUGGUAGCAGCAUCACGAGUAGCCAAUUGAAUGAUGAGAUGUACAUAUACAACGUGAGUGCGCAAAAUACUUCAUAUGUUUUGAAGAACUUGCGCCAUUAUUCUUUAUAUAUCAUCACAAUUGCUGCGUGUGGUGUCAAAGAUAGCGACGCACCAAUGUGCUCAACAAUUCAAUAUGCGAACGUCCGGACGUUGAAACGACCAAACGCGGAUGAUGUUCACAACGUGAAGGUCCAUGUGACUAACAAUACGAUAGUCGAAAUCAUCUGGGAAUCAGUCAAGAAUCCAAACGCAUUCACUGUCUCGUACACCAUCGAGUACACAAAUAUGGACGUAAAGGAUGCGAAAAAGAGUACCGAGUGCAAACCGUACAUUGGGCACAGGGAAAAAUAUAUCCAUCAUUACAUCAAUAACCUCAGUCCGGGUAGAUAUAGCCUGAGAAUGCGUUCCACGUCGCUAGCGGGUGACGGCUUCUUCACCAAUACAAUCUACUUCUCAGUCGGUUUAUCGGAUAACAGUCGAAUAAUUAUGGCAACGUUGUUGACUCUAGCUGUGUUAAUCAUCACUAUGAUCGCGAUAAUAUUCCUCAUUAGGAGCCACCAGAAGAAGAGGACACAGGAGCGAUUGAUAGCCAGCGUGAAUCCAGACUAUAUCGAGACCAAGUAUGUCGUUGAUAGCUGGGAAGUACCUAGAGAGAACGUCGAGAUUUUGGAGGAGCUUGGUUUGGGUAAUUUCGGCAUGGUGUAUCGAGGAUACUUGGAUGGCACCGGACAAGUAGCCAUUAAAACGAUCUCUGAAACCGCCAGCCAACGAGAAAAGAACGAGUUCCUGAACGAGGCCUCGGUCAUGAAGAACUUUUCGACAUGGCAUAUCAUCAAGUUGCUAGGCGUAGUCUCCAUGGGCAAUCCGCCAUUCGUCAUCAUGGAGCUCAUGGAGAAUGGCGAUCUAAAGACGUACCUGCGUAGGAUACGCGACACUCAGAUGGUGCCGAAUGCGUCCAGGAUAAUGAGAAUGGCCGCGGAAAUCGCCGACGGUAUGGCCUACCUGGAAUCAAAGAAAUUCGUGCACCGCGAUCUGGCCGCCCGCAAUUGUAUGGUGUCCAAAGACUUGGUCUGCAAGAUCGGCGACUUUGGCAUGGCGAGAGAUAUCUACGAGACCGAUUACUAUAAGAUCGGCAAAAAGGGUCUAUUGCCGAUACGCUGGAUGGCACCAGAGAAUCUUUCCGAUGGUGUAUUCACAUCCGAUUCGGAUGUGUGGUCAUUUGGUGUCGUGCUUUACGAGAUACUCACUCUCGCCGAGAUACCGUAUCAAGGUUUCUCGAACGAGGAGGUGUUGCAUCACGUGUUACGCAAAGGCGUGCUGAACAUACCGCGGAACUGUCCCGAAACCAUACAGAAGCUCAUGGAGAAGUGCUUCAAGUGGCGGCCCAGCGAACGCCCAACCUUCAUGGAGAUUGUUUCUGAGCUGGAACCGUUCCUGGGCCAGGACUUUUGCGAGAAGUCGUUUUACCACUCCGACGAGGGCAUCGAAAUACGUAGCCUCGGCAUCAAGAAGGUCUAUCACAAUGCCGCACCGAUUCGAUUUCAUUGGGGCCACGAGACCGCGAGGUGGGUGAAGGACUUCGAGGACAACGUGACAUUGCUCGAUCAGAUGAAGGCGGGUACCAGCCGAGGACGGAUCUUCAAGAACGGCUUCCAGCACUUCGGUAAUGUAACGAACUUCGAAGAUGUUCCGCUCGAUCGAUGAGAUUAGUCGGUAUACCGUUGAGCGGGAAAACUCAGCGGAAUGAGAUGUAACUGCUUGAAACCGUCUUUGAGAUCAUAAAAUCCGCGGAAGGACAUGUAGAUAUUAACGUACAAACAAUACUCAGGGCAAUACGCGAGUGGUCUGACGAGGCUGUCGGACGAAAAUAUGUAAAGAUGUU